AUGGACCCAAAUAUCUCGGCAUCCGCUCUGGGUGAGCCACAACACCUGGGCAUCGGCUUCUACCUCCUCCCCUUCGCCACGUUUCUCUGCUUCCUCGUCCCGGUCCUUUACAUCUUCCCCCCGAUCCCGGCAACCACCAGUGAUGCCCUCCGGUCAACACACACCAAGAUUGGCGUUCCGCCGCCAAAGAGCAAUCUCCGGGACCAGCACUCCGUCAGGGCCGACACCGGCAGCAGCAUCUCCAAUGCCGGCACCGGCAGCGGGCCCGUCGCUCGGGUCAAGGCGCUCUGCGUCUACCCCAUCAAAUCAUGCCGCGGCAUCGAAGUGACCCGCACCAAGCUCUUGCCGACAGGUCUGGAAUUCGACAGGCUGUACACCUUUGCGCAGCUCAAAUCCCGCUUUCCGGCCGCCGUGGACGACUCGGCCGAGGCGAAGGACGAACACACAUGGGAAUUCGUCACGCAGCGCCAGUUCCCUCUCCUCGCGACGAUUAAAGUCGACGUCUACGUCCCCGACGCGACCAAAUCCACAGUCUUUAUGGAAAAGUCCUCCGACGCGUGGAUCGUGAUGCGGUUCCCCUGGCGGGAACCCGGGUUCCGGGGCACCAUGUCGUGGGUGGCGUCCAAGAUCCGGGACGGGUGGAGGGGCCAGCCCGAGAUGGAGGUGUUGUUGCCGGUCGAGUUCCCGACGGACGCGGAGAUUGCGGAGCGCGGGUAUACCCGCGAGGACGUCAAGGUGUGGAAGGAGGUCGUGCCGGCUCUGAAUAUGGAGAAGGAGCUUCCUGGGCAGCUGUGUCGGUAUUUGGGAGUGAGCAAUAAGUUGGCGCUGUUCCGGGUUGAUCCGGGGCAGUUGAGGGAGGUGUAUCGGUGUGCGCCGCGGAAGGAGGAGGCUGGGUAUCAACCUAUUGUUGGAUUCCAGGAUGCUUAUCCCCUACAUAUCAUGAACAUUAGCAGUCUCCAGGACUUUGACGCCAAGGUGCCCAAGGACGACGAGCUGAAGCAUCUCGACGUCAGGAGGUUCCGGUCCAACAUCAUUGUCUCUGGUGCACCAGCCUACGACGAGGAAUCAUGGAAAUGGGUAAACUUCACCCAGGGCACCUCAAAGGUCACCGUCCCGGCCAAAUUCCAAGUCUCGUGCCGUACCGUCCGCUGCAAAAUGCCAAACGUCGAUCCAGUAACCGGCACCCGCCACGGCGCCGAACCAGACAGGUCCCUCCGCAAGCUCCGCGACGUCGACGAGGGCGCACCGCGCAUGGGGUGCCUGGGCAUGCAAAUGUGCCCGCUCUUUGAGGGCACCGACCGCGUCGAGUACAUGCAGGCCUGGCUCGAGGUCGGCAUGGACGUCUCCGUACUGGAGCGCGGCGAGCACGUGUACAUUAAGCAGUGA